UAAUUGAUAAAAUACAUAUACGCUCACUGUAUCUUUUUUCUGAUCUGCCUGCCUUUUUACUCAUGUACGAAGAAGAAGCGAAGAGGCGGAGGAAUGUAGAGCUCCAAAAUCAAGCGGCGCUUGCUAUUCAGAGGCAAUGGCGCCAGUACCUCCAGGAACGUGAGGAUGACCACGAGCGCAUGAAGUCCAUUGUACUGCAGAUGAAGCCGACUUCUCCCGAACUGGAAUCCGCAUCGACAGGUUCAGCUGCGGUGUCCGCUGCGGGAACGUACUCGCAAUCCACACAGGCAGCGCUCCUGCAAGAGUACGACGAUCUGCUUUCCCAACGGACAGCUAUCUUAGAGCGCAACCUCGUUUGCCAGCAUCGGAUCGCUUGUCACUUUGCGGAACAACGCACACGAAAAGGUGAGGACAACACCAACAACCAACUCACACCACCGGAGGCAGAGCGACAGUACUGGGCGCUAGUUCGGAAGCUACAUGAGGAGAAAACUCGUCUGCUUCGCAAGCGACAAGCCGCGGAGGAGGCACUAGUUCAUCUGCGAGAGCGGUACCAGGGCGCAAUAGAUGGCGUCCUCGCACAGGAAGCAGAAUUUAGGGAGUUCAUCAAAGAGAUCUCGCAGUGUGCCUCUUUCACACACUCGAAUCAUCGCAUACCCGCAGAAGAUGUCAAUUCUUUUCUAGAAAUUGAUGAGAAGCAACGAGGCAACAUCCGAAAGGCGAGAAUUCGCUACCUUCAACUCAAGAACGAGGCAAAAAGGCUUCGGCACCUCGCUUCCCAGGGAACUGGUGGUGGGUCAAGCGAUGGCAUGUAUCUUAUCGACUUAGAGCAGCUUAAAAUCGAGAACGCUAACUUGAACGAGAAGAUAGAGGAGCGAAACGACGACAUCGCCAAGCUGCGUCGGAAGGUUACAACUACAGUGCACGUCUUGACACAUAUGCGGGAAAAAUUGGAGUUCAAACGGGAAGAAAACGCCGAGCUCCGUUUUCAAGUAGCUGCCGUUGAGGAAGAGUUAAGUGGGGUGAGGGACCAGUUGGCUCAAUCAAAGAAGCGUCGCGAUGAGUUCCUCAAUAGCAACUUACGCAUGCGAGAGAAGAUACCCCUAGUAGGCUCCGAAAAUCUUCUUAUCGAUUAUGAACAGCGGAAAGCCCGUAUUAAUGAAAGUCGAAUCCGUGUUGUGGACUUGACGAAUACUCAUGUGGAGCUGGUGAAGCAAAUCAAGAAGUACACUUCAGAGGUGGAGCAGCUGUUACGUGAGUUGAGUCAUUACCCGACGACGAGCGCAACGGCCCAUUAAGGUGAACCCAGCUACUGCUGUUGAUUGUGAUGUUUGUGACGACAAAUACGUCGAGCAUGAAAUGGGCUGGCGGAUAGAUUUAUUAGUGAAAUCUACUGUAUUUGUUCUGAAUUACUGCUUGAUGAUUGCACAAGAAUUGGAUCUAUUCCUAUUUUGAGAUUUGUAGUAUUUACGCGCUUCCCAUGAAUGUGUCUUUUAUUUUCAUUCCCUACGAUGUAUAGUUUCCCAUUUAGCUCUUUGGUGCUCUUUAGGGUGCUGACAACACAAUGGUACUUAUUUAUUGCUGUCCA